UUUUUGGUUAGAGCAUUUUUAUCGACUGAGGUGUUGUUGAUACUGACGCGGGGGAGAGGUUAGAGCGUCUAAAUCGUCAGUAUUGUUUGAUUUGAAAGAAUUAUACGAAUCAACAAACAAAAAAAUGAGAGAAAAAUAGAAAAACCCGUCUUGAUUAUUAUGUCAAGACAGAAAUUAAAAAAACAAUCGAUCCUUAAAAAUGACGCACAAUGGAAAUAUUCGAUGGCGAAAAAAUCUCUACGAGAAUCGCGAUCUGCCGGAUAAUUACACUGACAGCACCUUCCUCGAGGAACUAGAAAAAAACAUAAAACCGAACAAUGUGACAACAAUCGAAGCAAUAACCCUGGGGUCCAGCAUAUCAAUUCAACUGAGCAUCGUCAUCCUUUUCGUCAUGGUUUUCAUCUGGCUGAACAACGAGUGGACGACCCCCAAUAUAAUUUUCACAACCUCAGCUGGAUUAACAGUGUUCGGGUACCUCUGCCACACCCUGAAGCUUCCAGAUAUGCCAGACAAGAUCUCCAAGGAUAUCAGAACCGCCCUGAUCUUUCUAGCAUUCGGCUACAUUCUGUCACCCGUCCUCAAGACAUUGACUGAAACAGUCAGCACCGACACUAUAUACGCUAUGACAAUCUUCAUGUUCCUGGUUCACUUGAUAUUCUCCAAGUACGGCUCACCUCAGGUAUCUUUAUCAGACUCUUUGUCGAUAACCUCAUCGAUCUUCGGAUCUCUGAUGCUCGCCUCGAGGUUGGCCUCGCCCCUUCAUGCGUUCUCAUUAUUGACUGUUGCUGUUCAAUGCUUUGUACUGCUCCCCUUUUUGCUGUCGAAAGUUGAGAACAAGGUGGUGAUAUCCACUUUGCUCACAGGGGGUACUGUCUAUCUCCUGGGAAUCAUCUCACCCACUUUAACAUGUGUUUUCGUCGCAGUUACGAUAUUCGUGCAUAUUAUUUGUCCACUCUGGUACAUCCGGUGGCAGAAGUACAAGGACAAUAUUUAUGGACCCUGGGAUGAAGCUGUCAUAAAAUGAAUGACGGGAGAGGGUGAUAGGAGACCUUGGAGCCCAAAUUGUUUCGAAAUAUUUUCACCAAAAGAAAGAGGUCUACAAAGCUAUUGUUUCUGAAAUAAAAUUGUGAACUGUCAAUAAAAUCGAACACAAUGAAUGGAUCACUGAAUUAUUUAUUUAUCAAUAAAAAAUACCUCACACGAUGGCAGUUAUUACAAUUAUUAGAAUUACAAUCUCGUAGAAACCACUUUUACCUCAUUUGAUAAUAAUAAACUGCAGUAGUCUUUUUAUCCUCCUAAUAAGAGCCUCGAUGAAGCUCCUCUCGAUUAUCGAAUAUUCAUGUUGGGUGUCGAGUAAUUGUGCUAUGAAGCUGUCGCUGAAGACACUCACAAGACCUUGUUUCAGAUCUGAUAAUGUAUCUGCUGAUAUUCGAAAUUCUGAAAGAUUAUCUUCCAAUCCCCCCUGUGCCCGGCUGUACUUGGACGAGGCAUUAGUAGCAUAAAAGUCGAUAUGAGACCAAAGAAUAUAAAGACUGUACUCCACAAUCAUCGAGGAAUACUUGAUAUUCUGUCUCUUAUCAUGAGCCUGCCUCUCCAGUCUCUUCUCAACAACAAUCCUCUGUUUUCCCGUGUCCAAUUCCAUCUCCUCAUCGACGAGAUACUUGUUCAGGUCAUUUGUGCUCAUCUCCUUGACCAUAUCAGCCCUCUUGAUGAGGGUAUCAAGCAGAGGGAUCUCAGAGUGCAACAAAUUCGUUGAUGAAACAAGGAGAUCGACCAGAGCCCCCAGAUUGACACCACUUGUGUCUCUUUUCCCUCCACUUUUCCCCAGAUAAGGCUCGAACAGAAGAUUUCGGAUCUUCUGGUCCAUGUGCGUGUGCUGCAUUUGAUUUCUGGCGUACAGAAGAACAUUAGCAGUGAUUUGGACACAUGCAUAGUGCUCAGCGUCCUCUUCACGAUUAUUGGAGUACAUGUUGAUGGGCUGUGGUAUGAAUUUUGGAAGAAGUGAGACAAUCAGCUUCUGGAGACGAUACAGAUGUGCCCGAAGUUCCCUCAUUCCCGUGUUAUCCAACAGAGACAGAUCAGUGAUUACAUCCUUUCCCAAUUCGUCCUCCACAAGUUGAUACAUAUCAAUAUUAGCUGACCUAGCUAUGACCCCAGUGAGGCAAGCAACUUCCUUCAAGAAUAGUGCAUUGGCACGAGGUAUAACAUUCCUCAGAACCAUUUCAACGGUAUCACGGUGACUCUGGAGGAAGCCACACACUUGUACGGCACACGAUUGGUUCUCAGUGCCUAGUGUUGUGAGGAGAGCGUCGCAGAGGUACAGGGCUGGUAGGAACAUCUGCUGAUAGCGCUGGCCAAUUGAUGGGAGGAAGGACACUUCACUGGCAUCGAAGCCAAUGUGGACAUCGGGAUGCUGAUCGAAGACACACAUCCCCGAGAGGCAGGAGAGAAUUUUAUUUUCAAGGAGAUUUUCAGCCCCUAAUCUCGUCGAAGCCAUUCUGCAGAAAGUCGCCAUUUUCGCCUCAUAAAGAUAAAGAGGCCUCAAAGUACUGGGAUCAGGCUGCAGCAUGCUCCUCAAUAAUGGAUCGGACUCUAGAAGGCUGUCAAUCAUGUGCUUCAAGUAGCCUCUGGAAGAGAGAUAAAUAAUCCAAGAAUUGUCAAAGUCCAGCUCCAGAAUUUUGUCCAAACAGGAUAGGGCCAGCAUUUUGCAGACAUCAUGUCCUCCCGAGCAGUUGUGGCACACGAUGUCCAUCAGUUUCUCCCCAAAUCCAUUGAUAACCUGGAUCGUAGCAUAUCUGUGCGACUUCUCGUGCAUCGGAAGUGUUCUAUACAACGAGCUGUCCAACUGGCUCACAUAAGUGGUAUCAGAGGAGACUCCAGGGCGCUCCGACUUCUCCAGACCCACUACGCAGAGGAAAUUGAGAAGUGCCCCGUAGAGAUGAGUGCGUACUUUUUGGGAGGAGGCACCAGAGUUCAGUAGCCACUGGAGAAUGUGCCCCAGAAUAAUCUUGAUCGUUGUCGUGUAGGAGGGAGACGUGGACGUCUCAUUGGUGGCAAAAGUGUUCUUGAGAUUAACAAGCAGUAUCAGAACAGUUCCGGAGACAAGGGUCUUGAUUUCGUUGAGUGCUUCGCAGGACGUCAUCUUCUGGAGGAGAUCAUGGGAAAGAUUAAGGAGCAGGCUCUGCCUCUGACUGGCAGGAAGCUGCUGAUUAGUGGCAAUGGAGAAGAGAAUCUCAGUGGCCUGGCACCAGCCCUCAACAAACUUAACUGUUGCAUAAGACAGUGUCUUCGUCUGGUUCCUCUUCAAGGCGUACGCAAGGAUUGAUUGGAGCUCCUGCUGCAUGAGCUUCCGCUGAGUAGCUGUCGCACUGCUCUGAGUAACGGCCAGCUCCUCAAUGAUCAGAGAGUGAAGCUUCCUAAUGUCAAUUAGCUGUGGACCACCGUGAGGCAUCACUGGCCCACUGCACUUCCCCAGGACCAUCUCCACCUGGGAAGGAUCGAAGAACUCCCAAGUUUUCGUAGGCUCCAGCUGCAGUUGGAAGUCGAUGUAAUGGAGGAGAUCCAUGAGGAGCUUCUGAGAGGGAAGAAUCUGCUCUCGGUCCUGAUUGGGAUUGCCCACGAGCCGCUGAACGAGACUGUGCUGAAGACUUCCACCAGCCACACGAAGCUCAACAGAGACUAAUUUCAGUAGCCAAGACAUGCAGGCCAACUCAGUGGCUCGGUUAUCACCCUGAAAAGGUAGCUUAGACAAAUGUCUCUGGAUGAAGUCCUGAUUGGUGGCUGUCCUGAGGAAUCUUAGAACAGGAACUGAAGUUUUGUUGUUGGAAGCUAAAGUAUGGAGGAACCAGUAGCACGCCUCUGUGAUCUUGUCCCGGCCCUUCUCCAGUGAUUGUUCCAGAAUCCCAAGAAUCGAGUGGAGACACGUCCUGGGAAAGUCCCUAAUUCCAGGCUGUUGUAUCACAGUCUUCCUGAUAUCCUUCGUGAUAUCAAAACCCAGAAGAUAAUGCGCCAAAUUCGGCGCAGGUCUGUUAAUGCUCUGCAUCAACAGCAGUAGGAUCCUCUCCUUGCUGUUGCCAACGGGUCCAUCCUCAUCAGACUCCUGGUUCUGAUCAACAUCAGAGUCCAAACACUCGACAAAUCCGUGUCUAAUCGUGAGAGCGAGCGAUGGAAUCAACGUGAACGUCGAGAGAAGCUCGGAAUCAGCUCCAGGCUCGUUUGCAACCCCUUGGAUAACCCCUAUCGCCACGAACGCGUGCCUCCGAAGCCAGUUGUUGUAGGACACGUACAUAGCGACAUUGAUCAUGUGAUCCGGCUCUCCAGUCCUGGAAUUGACACCCAGUAGAAGCCUGGAUAAGUUGGUCCUCAGUUUGCUGGAGGACGUCGUGACAGCUGAUUGCAUCUGCAUGUAAGGAUACUCAAUCCUCAGUCCCCGUUCCAAAAUCCUCAGGCAGUUUAACGUACUGUUCUCCAGGUGAACCUUCCCAGGAAGGACCUCGUACGUCUCCAGAUGAUGUCUCCCCUCGUCCAGAAUGUAUAGAAUGACAUUGAGCAGCUCUGAGUUUGAAUUUAACUGCGUCAUUAUGUGAUAGCCAGGCUUGGGAUUAACAGAGACUGACUCGCCACCCUGAAGCUCUACCUUGCAACCAGCAAAAUCUUCCACCUUUGGCUCAUAAUGGGAAAUUAAUUUGUAGAAUAUUUUCAGACAGGCGUCAGCUACCUGCCACUUCUCCGCCGGAUUCUUGUAGGAUCUCGUAUUGAAACGAAGAAAUACGGUGUUGAUGAUGAAGUGGAGAUAGGGAUCGAACCCAGGGUUUCGUUGGCUGGCCCCUAGGAGCCUGGGGAUGGGGUAGUCCGUCAAAGCAUCCAACAGCUCCAGCAUCGCUCGUGUCAGUGGAUAUUCCUCGUUUCUGGAUUCAAUCUCUUCGAGCUCUGUUUGGACACCUCGAGGCUGAUAACUGCUGGUCGUCGGGAUUGUACAGAGGAUCUGAGCAGCUUCGAGACUCUGCCAAAUACUGGACGAACUCUCUGGGGACUUUGACAGAACUGCCAGAGUGCGAAUGAGGACCCCCUUGAGAGGAAUCGGCAUGGCACAUCCGACGAGUCCAAUCAGCAGAGGGAGAACCUUCCAGCCUGGAUGAUCGCAGAUGGCUAUUCUCGACAUCUCGUCGUACUUAGCCACCACCUGGACCACAUUUAAAACCGCCUCAAGUCGUUUAACUUCUUGGGGAGUGAUACCUUUGGGGUGACUUCGCUGACGAUAAAUGGUGUCUUGACUCGGUGGCAAUUCUUGACGAAGAUUGUAGUAGUAUAGGCACAGGGAAUUGAAGAAGUGGUCCCAGGAGAUUGUCGAUCCUGUUGAGCCAUUUGGCUUGAGGAAGUUGAAGGCGUGUCUUGCUGCUUGUGGAGAUGAUGCGAGUGCCGCUAUCAUCCUGAGGUAAGGCACCAAGAGGCCAGCUGGUAGAAUCUCUCCAGCUAGUCUAACAAACUUGAAGAGGGCGACUUGCCUCGAGGGCACUCUGCUCACAUGUACAGAGGACACAUGAGCCCUCUCUGUCUCCUGACACCAGUAAUCCACCACCAGGUUGAGAUUGAGUGGGUCCUGAUGGUACAGCUCAGCAAUCACCAGCAUGAGAUACUCGAAAUGAUCGUCCAGGUUCCCCGGUGGCUCCACUCCCUCCCUCUGAUAGGCCUCAAUGAAUCUCAUGGACUCGUCCGCUCGACUUCUCAGUUCUUUGAUCUUCAGCGGCAUCAGAGUGAUAAAGUCUGAAAUGAAUGUGUGGAAGUAACGAACGUAGAACUCCUCGUUGUGGAGAUCUUCACUCCUGAAGAUGACAUUCGAGAGAAAAUGGAAGACUCGAUUGGAGAGGGCUGCCUCCACGAGGAUUUCGUCUUCAUUCGUGAUGUUCUGGCUGGCGAGGUUGGAUGCUGAUUUAAUGGUGGUGACGGCAAGAGCCAGGGCGAAUUGGACGAGGCCACGGAGCCCCUGGCACUCCCAAUUCGCAUUAUUGUUCAUUAAUUCUUGGAUGAGUUCCUCAAUCGCACCUCGUUGGGAAAUUAUCGACAUCGUUUUUAUGAUCUCCUCACCGUCCUCGCGGCUGUGGAGGGCACUGAGGUUCAGCGUGUUCAGCAGGGCCAUUAUCAGGGCCAGGGUGACCUUGUCAGGGCCACCAGUGCCUGAUUCUGACUCCGGUUGUUUUCGUUGGAGAAGAGCAAUCAGUCGGUGAGUGAUGGGCAUGGGGAGAGACGACUGGGCUGACCACAGGUAAAGGAUGUCUGCGAGGUCCUGUCUCGUAUCGUUGUAUAGCUUCAUCACCAUCUGAUGAUGCUUGGGACCCCCCAGAGCUCGAUUCUGUUGGAGGAGUUCCUGUUCUUGAGUGGGAUCGAGCUCCUCCAAAAGCGAGAGGAUUCGGUCCAAUAGUCCGUCCUCUUGCAUCUUGUUGGUGUACUCGGUUAUCUUCUUGGUGAGGGUGAUGGGCGUGUCCAAGACCCAGCUAUGACCUAUCCUAGCGUAGACGAGGGUUCGGAGAGCUGACGUCAGGGCCUUGCGACCGUCGUAGUAUAGAAGAAUUGCCGUUAAACCUCGGGUCAGUCCGGGAUGGUAGGGCAUCUGCAGCUGGGCGGUGCACAGUAAGUCCAGGGCCAUGAACUCAUUCAGGUCGUACAUGUUGGAGAUUAUUAUUGUUUCGUCCACUAGGUCCUUGGGAAGGACCCGGUGACCGAGACCUGGGAGGAUCACACCUUCCGAUAUUCCUUUCUCGAUUUCUGCUCGACUUUUUGCAUUUUUUGGCUGGGGAGAAGAUACCGGGCAUAAUAUUUAUGAAGAUUCAAAUAUUGACUACUUUCAAUUAUGCUAGUUAAUUUUCAGUAAAAAAUAAUUCCUAAGAUACACUUUAGGAGAAUAAAUCGAUAAUCAAUUUGAAAAAAGAAAAUAUAAUUCAUAGAAUAAAUAUACAUAAAUACUAUUUACAUAAUUUAUAUCCUUUCCCUCUUUACUCACCGGAUUUUUUAUGAGUGUCAAGAAAUUCUGACGAUGAUUUCUGAGUGUCUCCAUGAACUCAUGGUACUGAGGAUCUUGAGUGCUGGAUGAUAACAAAACAUAUUGCUCCACGAUAUUCUGGAGCUCCUUGUAUGGCGUCCAACAGUCCUCUGCACUUGAUUUAUCUAUCAAUUAAUUGAAAAUCCGAAUAAUUCAAUUAACAAACAAAUUAAUGAAUUUAAAUCGUGAAUUAUACUUGAAUAAAGAGAGGUUAGGGGAAAAAAAAUCAUGUUUCAAGCGUGACACCACUUACCUUCUGUCAUUUUAACCGUUUAUACAAUGAGUCCUAGGAUCGUGAGAGACUGGAGCAGUUCUCAUUGAAACUAAACAAUCUAAAUAUUUAUAAUUUCAACACAUUUCACUACGCACUCGACGAUAAACGAGGUGUACAAAUGGCGGGAGAAGAAACCGGCUUGCUCGAGUCACUUGACGCCAUCUUGCAUGACUCAAGAGCAUUUCCUGAAAAUCCAACAUGGUUGCUCAGUUUAAUGACAGGCGGUUUUCAUAGACUGCAGGGUUAGGUGAACGUGAACUCAUUUUUCUCGUGGAGGACUCAACUCAGAAAUCUAAUAAAAAUGGAGUGUCUAAUUGGAAUCCAAUUCAGAGAUUUUGUUCUUAUCGCUGCUGACAUGACAACUGCACACUCAAUAAUGGUCAUGAAAACCGGUAAG